CAUAAUUCAGGUUUUUAUGUUAUUGCCUUUAAAAACGCAUUUUCUGUUCAUACGCAUAAUCUGUCAUUUCAGUUGACUUUGGACUCUGCUGGGACCUGGACCCCAAGACAGGGAAGUGCAGCGAGGGAGACGGAACGCCACACUGGAUGGCACCUGAGACCUUUAGGAGGAACAACAAGCGUGUGGCGUACGACACUAAAGUACGUUGUACUUGGUUCUGUGUUUUCCAUUCAUUGUAUGCAGGCACUGAUGGAAGAACCACCUUGUUAAUGAGUAACCAAAUCAUUCGCUAACCCAAUGGUCUCCUUCUAAUGCUCUUUUGUGUCUGUUUUCCAGUGUGACAUCUGGUCAUUGGGGAUAACCGCCAUUGAAAUGGCCGAGGGAGAACCACCUUAUGCUGAGGAAGAACGAGUCAAGGACCUGAUCCUUAACAACGAUUCACCGCAGCUUCGAUCAAACACCUGGUCACCGUGUUUUGUAUCCUUCUUGGAUUCCUGUCUCAAGAAGGAUCCUACAGAGAGAUGGAGUGCUAAAGAACUCCUUCAGCACCCCUUCAUCACUGGCCUGCCGCCUACGAAGACCAUCAGGGCAGAAAUCAAAGAACAUCUUCGGGCUCAGCACAACUGGCCGGAAAAGAAAAGAUUGAGACGAGCAGCUCGCUGGGCCAUAAAGCAUCUGUGGCGCGCUUGUGACAUCUGCGCAGAGACAUCCACAGAAGGAAAGGAGGCUCAGCAAUUGGCACUGGAGGGCUUUUCAUAUUAUUGAUCUUGUGGCCAAUAACAUCAAAUGCCCAAGAUGAAUCUCCGGAAUAACAUCCAAGGAGAAAGAAACAGCACCAGUGCCAACUACUGCUCCACCAUUGGACGGGUAAGUAUUCCCACAGCUCCACUAGGCAAAUUCUCACAUUUAAUAAAUACAUACACAUAGGAAUAUUCCAUGUACAGCGCCCAGCAAGUUGCCAGGGGAAGCAAAAAGUCACUGACUUUUAUCAAAAUUUUGGCUCUUCCAGUGGAGAAAGUGCUAUUGUGCUCUCUGCACUAGCAAUGCGGCUCCCCUCUGAUGCUAAAAACCUAAGCACGGGGGGAGCGAGGGGGCGGCAUCAACUUGGCCUCCUCAGGUGGCUGGGACCCUUGAGGCAGCACUGCACCCCACUGUACACUAGCAGAGGCUUUUCUUCAGAUCCCCCCUCCACAUUCCUAUAAAAAUGCUACACAUACAUUAAACAGUGUUAAGAGAGGGCUGCAGGCAUAUUUAGCAAGGGACAAAUACAGGCAAACUGACAGGGGCUCUUAGUAGAAGUUGAUUCAGGGACUUGUCCGAUUGCCCUUUUGGGAGUCAGGAAGGAAUUUUCCCCCCUUUGAGGCAAAUUGGCUCCGGCUUCAGAUGGGGUUUUUGCCUUCCUCUGAAUCAACUACUAAAUAGGAACAUUCCAUCUACACUAAAACUUGAACUAAAUGGACAGGAGUCCUUCCCAACA